GGGUUAUUCAGAAUGACCUUUCGGAAUGCACACAACUACCUCCCAGAGGAAGACUCGUCCCAUUCUUCCCCAAAGAAUCCAUUAUGAACAUAAUGGAAGAUAGCCCUUUCUUGGCUUACAUGAUGAAGCACAGCACCCUGUGUGAUGAACUCAAGUACGACUUAUCCUGUGAGCUCUACCGAAUGUCCACGUUUUCCACUUUCCCUGUUAAUGUGCCAGUGUCAGAACGGAGCCUUGCCCGGGCUGGCUUUUAUUACACUGGUGUGAAAGAUGCAGUUAAAUGCUUCUCUUGUGGCGUAGUCUUGGCCGACUGGCAGCCAGGAGACAACGCUCUGGAAAGACACAGGCUCUCUGGUGCCAGCUGCAACUUUAUUCAGAAUGUGCUCUCAGUGAACAACCUCGGACUGUCCUCUCGUUCUGCAUUUUCACCUCUGGUCACAAGCAGUUUCUCACCCCCUCUACAUUCCCUCAACUUUUCUCCAAGCUUGGAGCAAGUUGGCUAUUUCAGUGGUUCGUUUUCUAGUUUUCCUCAAGACCCCAUAACUACUAGGGCUGUUGAAGACCUGUCAUGUUUGAGACCGAAGCUUCACAACCCUUCCAUGAGCACAGAAGAUGUCAGACUACGCACUUUUCACUCAUGGCCCCUGACAUUUCUCUCACCAACUGAUCUGGCAAAGGCUGGAUUUUAUUACCUGGGAACGGCAGACAAAGUUGCUUGUUUUACCUGUGGUGGUCAACUGAGUAAUUGGGAACCAAAAGAUAAUGCCUUGUCAGAGCAUCGGAGACACUUUCCUAGCUGCCCCUUUGUGGAAAAUCUUUCUCGAGAUCAGCUAACCUUCAAUGUUUCCAAUGUGAGCAUGCAAACCCAUGAAGCACGUGUUAAAACAUUCAUAAACUGGCCCAGCAGAAUUCCAGUUCAGCCUAAGCAGCUUGCAGAUGCUGGCUUUUACUACGUAGGACGCAAUGAUGAUGUCAAGUGUUUUUGCUGUGAUGGUGGGUUAAGGUGCUGGGAAUCUGGAGAUAAUCCAUGGAUUGAGCAUGCAAAGUGGUUUCCAAGGUGUGAAUAUCUGCUUCAUGUGAAAGGAAGAGAGUUUGUAAGUGAAAUUCAGGCCCGCUUCCCCCAUCUUCUUGAACAGCUGUUGUCGACCUCUGAUACAUCUGUAGAUGAAAACGUUGAUCCCCCAAUUAUUCAUUUUGAACCUGGAGAAAAUCGUUCGGAAGAUGCAAUUAUGAUGAACACGCCUGUGGUUAAAGCUGUUUUGGAGAUGGGCUUUAGUAGGAGGCUAAUCAAGCAAACAGUGCAAAGUAAAAUCUUGGCCACUGGAGAGAACUACAAGACUGUUAAUGAUCUUGUGUCUGAUCUCUUCACUGCUGAAGAUGAGAAGAGGGAAGAGGAGAAAGAGAGGCAGUCUGAAGAAGUGGCAUCAGAUGAUCUGUCCUUAAUCCGGAGGCACCGAAUGGCUUUAUUCCAGCGCCUGACCUGUGUGCUCCCCAUCCUUGGCAGUUUGCUCACAGCUAAAGUGAUCACGGAGCCUGAGCACGAGGUUAUUAAGCAGAAGACGCAGACGCCGUUGCAAGCAAGAGAGUUGAUAGAUACAGUCUUGGUGAAAGGAAAUGCAGCUGCCAGCAUAUUCAGAAACUGCCUACGAGACUCUGACCCUGUACUGUACAGAGAUUUAUUUGUGGAGAAGAGUGUGAAAUAUGUUCCCACAGAAGAUGUUUCAGGUUUACCUAUGGAAGAACAAUUAAGGAGGUUACAAGAGGAAAGAACAUGUAAAGUUUGCAUGGAUAAAGAAGUUUCCAUUGUUUUUAUUCCAUGUGGUCACCUAGUGGUGUGCAAAGAAUGUGCCCCUUCCCUCAGGAAAUGCCCUAUCUGCAGGGGGACGAUCAAGGGCACAGUGCGUACGUUCCUUUCGUGA